CAAUGAUCACUGUUCGGCAACACCACAGAACCGGCCCUAUAUAAAGGAUUGCAGAGGCUAGAUCAAGUGUUAAGAAGAAGGCUAGCAAUUCCAUAAGGAUUAAGUUGUGUUCAGGUGUUCGGAGGUCACGCGUAUUUAAAUACUGUAAGCAUGGAGUACCCGACGAAGGACAAGCUGGCGAUGGCUGAGCAUCCAGUGACUCCCGCCCCAGGAUCCUCAGAGGCGUCAGCAGCGCAACCCGGAGAAGAAGAGAACUGCUGUUUCUGCUGCAGUUUUCGCACGGGCAGCAUCACCGUCGCCAUCCUCUAUCUGGUGGGGGCCUUAAGUUUCUUAGCUGUUGCAAUCGGUAUCCUCUGCAGUGAGAGUGUGAAAGACAUUGGAGUCGUGGUUUAUGUCGUGCUUGGUGUGUUGACUGUUUCAAUCAUCUUUCUCUCCUUGAUGUUAUACGGUGUCUUAAAGCGCCGUCCCCAUUUCCUCCUGCCCUGGGCUAUCUGGGAGGGCUUCUGCGUUGGCGUUGAAGCGACGGGUUUGGCCAUCGCCCUCUUCACUGUCGGCGUCACGGCACUCGCAGGCCUGACGAUGCUUUUGAUCCGAGUCUACUGCCUUUUCGUCGUUCUGAAGUACCGUGGCCAGCUGAAAGCCCAGCCUCCGAGGUCAGAGGUCAACGCUCAGGCCUAAUUUGCGAAGAUGCAGCCUCCUCUUCCUCCCACGUUGGGCUUCAGAGAACUGACAAAAUUUGUUGUGAAACCUCUAGGGUCUCACUGUGCGUUAUUUGCUUGAACACGGUGUAUGUAUGUUUUUGUGUGUAUGGAUAGAUGUAUUUAUAUGUAUAAAGAUGGUGAUUCUUGUACCUUCUGUAUGAACUUAUGUAGUUCUAUCAACAUUUAUAAAUAUAAAUAUAAAUACAUAUAAAAAUUAGAACCUGUUGAUAAAUUUUGCCAUUUACAAACACAAAACAAAACCAAUCAGAAAUGGCAAAGCAAAAAUGCAAUAAUCUCAUACGCAUCCAUACACACAUGAAAUGUAUGUGUUCACAAAUGUGUGUGUAUAUAUAUAUAUGUAUAUAAUGUAUUUAAUUGUUUAUUUUUAUGUAUUACUGUGUGUGUUAGUUAUGUUUUUUUUAUUAUUGUUAUUCCUUAUGAAAUAAAAUCUGCAUCCUUAU